AUGAACAAGAUUUGGUAUCCGAACUGUCGUGUUUCUGAACUGGCACGAUCUUUGUCUCUUUUCACUUUUACUACCUUUCCAAUCUUUGAAGCUCCCUCAAGUGCUCCUAUUCUUCAUCGACAGCCAGGGGUGGUGAUAGCACACUCAAUUGCAUCGACAACAACUCACAUCGAUAUGGCUGCCCUCGCACCCAUUCUUGGUAGCUUCUCGCUCAUUUUCGGAGGCUGUUGCGCAAAUGUCUACUGUCUCGAAGCAAUAGUAAAGAAAGAACCCGACAGUGGACUUCUCAUCACUCUUUUCCAGUUUGUCUUUACAUGUCUGUCGACACUGCAUUACCAGUUCGAUCCAAACGGCCGCUAUUUUGUCAGGUCAUCUUCCGUGCCGUUUCGAAAAUGGUGCAUCAGCGCAGCGUUGUUCUUCACCGUGAACAUGAUGAAUAAUUGGGCUUUCGCUUUUAGCAUCUCUGUUCCAGUCCACAUCAUUCUGAGAAGCUUUGGUAGUGUGACGACAAUGGCUGCUGGAUGGCUGCGCGGCAAGAGAUAUACUUAUCUGCAGGUCUUUUCUGUUGCAUUCUUGACCGUAGGAGUAAUGGUCUCUGCAUGGGCAGAUGCGGCGUCAAAGGGAAAGAACAUGCACGCCUCAACCAAUGAUGCGAAUAGCUCGUCUUUCGGCGCUGGAUUGCUCAUUCUUCUUGUGGCCCAGCUGCUUUCCGCAUAUAUGGGCGCUUAUGUGGAGGACGUUUACCGCGACCAUGGCAAAGACUGGCAGGCCAAUCUAUUCUACUCGCACUUGCUAUCUAUUCCCUUGUUCGCUGGCUUCUCGCCAGUCUUGCUGGAUCAGUUCAAGCGCCUUCAAGCCUCGGAGCCCUUCCGGGUACCUCUCCACAUUGCGUCCACCUUACCGCCAUCGUUCCUCAAGAUGCUCAACUCGACCUCGCAGCACGUGGUCUAUCUCACUGCUAAUGCGAUAACACAAUUGCUCUGCAUCACUGGGGUCAAUAUUCUCAGCGCAAAUACGUCUGCUGUGACUGUUACGAUAGUGUUGAAUAUCAGGAAGCUGGUUAGUUUCUUGCUCAGUAUCUGGCUCUUUGGCAACCAGAUGAGUGGCAUGAUGAAGUUUGGUGCUGCAAUGGUGUUUGGAGCGGGUGCCUUGUACGGGUGGGAGACAACGUACAGGAUUCCACAGAAGAAGAAGGACAAGGAGAAGAACAAGGUGGAGGCUGUGAAUGGCAAGAAGGCCCAAUGA